AUGGUGAAUCAGAGGGAGAUUAGUAUGAAAGUGAAUUUCACUGAUAUAUCAGCUGCUUAGAGCUACGUAGCAACUAUGGCUCAGGCUAGCUUAAGCUUUUAAGUGAAUUUAAUUGCUAUUUUGAUAGAUGAAACGAUGCAAUUGCAAAUCGAGUGCUAGAAAGAAUGGAAAAAGAAGAAGUUGAUAAGUCCGUUGAAGCAUAUCUGUGGCUUUCUAAGAAAGGAUUGUUAACAAACAUUGAAAUUUUAAACAGAUAGCUAGUCAUCUUGGAGAUAUGUAAACCUAUUAAACUUGAUAAUAAUCUCUAGUUUUUAAUGGAAACUGAUCUAUGUACACAGCAACUUAGGAGGAACUAAGAAAGGAGCAUUGCUAAAAUUCAAGCAAAUCUACGGAGAAAUGACUGAUUAGUAAAGAUCAAAUUUACAGCAGAUAUACCUCGUUUAACCUUCUCUAUAUAUAAAGAGCAGAUUACUAGUUGAGGGAUGCAUGCAGAAAACUAUUAGAGAUGCCUUUGGAAAGAUGCAAAGUUUCAAUAAGUAAAAAUAUUUACCUUUAUAAAUUCUGGAUACUUAUCAAAGAGAACUGAGUAGUUUACAGACUCCAGAUCUAGAGUUAUAUAAUUAUACUGAAUCUGUUAUAACCAAUACGUCAGAUGCGUCGGAGCUAGAAGAUCCAGUUUUCUAGAAAAAGAGUAGCAGCGUACUCAAUGUCUCCAACUUUGAUAAAGAUCAGAUAAAGAAAGGUAUAUGUUUAAGUCAUGAUACCAUUGGAAAACAUCUCAAAGCAUUCUACAGAGCCCCUAAUUCUGAUUUACCUCAAAUUUUCGUAUACAUUGACAAAUAUUUCUUAGAAAAUCCAAUGUAUCUGGGCAAUUCAAAGAUUUUUAAUAAAUUAGAUGCUCAAGAAUGCUAUGAGUUAGAUUAUCUAGAAACUCAGAUUGUUUUAGGAAAUUAUUCUUACUUGCUAAAACUUAGUGAUCCAAAGAUUGUUAUUACAUUAUUGAGGAAUAUUCUAAAAUACAUGGAAGAGCCACUGUGCACCUAUUAGUACUUUCCCUUAUUCAAAAAGAUUUGUGAAAAUCUAAGUAAGACUAUGAAUUUUGAAGAAAUUAUCGAAUAAGUAAAAAAUCUAAUUCUUCUUUAAGACAAUAUAUAUCAAGAGACUUGGAAAUUUUUAAUAAAACUCUUGAAAAAUUUAACCAAUACUAAAGUCUUUACCAAGAAAUAGCUGGCGUAAAUAUUUUCAGAUGUAAUAUUUAAGGCCCCACAAUUCUGGGCAAACGAUAUGAUGUCUUGGAGAUAGUUCUAAGAUCUCUUAGCAUUAAUUAUUAGCAAGAAUGAAGUCAUUUUCCCUCCAGAUAAUAAAAGCGUUAUUGCUGAAAAAGUUUCAUUACGAUCAGAUGUAGGAAUGGAAGAGUAUAGUCUUUGGGAUCCAGAUACACAAGAUAAAUUUAAAAGUAUUAUACUUGCUUGA